GUCUUCUUCGCUUCCUCCUAAAGAAAGGUCGCCCUUCUUCGUCCCAAACUCGAUUAAAAGCAAAGCCGAGUCCCAAUAGCCAUUAUCUUCCCUAACAAUAAAUGCAUAAUACCACUCUCUCUUUCCCCUUAACCUCUCCCCCCUCCACCCCAUUCCUCCAUCCUCCUUCCCAUGGCAAUCACCCUGCUCUGAUGUUCCUCUUCCCUUCCUUCUCCUACCUUAGCCUCUUCUUCCUCGUUCUGCACCUCCUCUCCUUCCUGCUGACCAAGCUCUUUUCCUUCCUCCACCACCGAGCAAUCUCCAAGCGGGAUGAGAAGUUCUGCAUUCCUCUUCAUGAAAACAAGUUCGUCUCGUCCACAGCCACCGUCUCCGACGAACUCUACCGGAAACAAGACAUCAUCGCUGAUAUCAUUCUUGGAGGGGACGCUUUGCUUUUCCUUUACGGUAGAAGUUGUGAGAAGGAUACCAUUCUUGUCGAUCAAGAGACAGAUUCCAAAGACCAGAUUCUCCUAGGAGAAGAUGACGCCUUUGUUCAUGAAUCAGAAUAUGGUUCCCCUCUACAAAAUAUUUCACUCGAUGACCCCGCUCGUAACUACAGUGCCAUUGCUGAAACAAACCAGCCUGGCUCUUCGGAUUGCCUGGUAUCUACUGUCAAUAAUGAUUUUCAAAACGAAGAGAAUUUGAAUGAAGAAAAAUAUUACAUUGUUGAGAAAAAAAAGAACAGUGAAGUGAAGAAGGAAGAAAUAAACGAGGAUGAAAAGCUUUUAGCUGCUGAAAAUUCAAGUUUCAAGCUUGAACAAGUUCAUCGAGAGAGAGAAACCAUCGGCGGUUCGCUCACUGGUGAAUCGACUUCGAAAAGCUCUAUUGAAUGGAGAAGCUCUACAAUUUUUCGCGACUCUGAGACAGAAUAUCCAUUCUCUUCAUCAUCUAGAAGGAGCUCUUCCAACUGGGAGUUCUACACCCUGUUUAAAAAAUAUGAUGAGGAAAUGUUCUUCUUUGAUAGAAUCAGUGCCCAAAAGCUCGCAGAAACAGAAUCGUUUAGAUUGAUUAACGGCCAACCAAGAUCAAUAUCAAAAAGAAUUGCUGGAAAAUUAAUGGCAAAGUCUAGAAGUAAUUCAAUGAGAAUGAGAGAUCCAUACCAGGACUUGGAGAGUGCUUAUGUUGCUCAAGUUUGCUUGGCAUGGGAAGCUCUUAACUGGAACUAUAAUAUAUUCCGGAGAUCAAAAGAAAAUAAAUUAGAUAUGGAUGGUUCUGUCUGCCAAGCUCGAAUAGCUCAGAGGUUUCAGCAGUUUCAAGUUCUAUUACAGAGGUUUAUAGAAAAUGAACCAUAUGAAUAUGGUAGUAGGCCUGAAAUCUUUGCGAGGAUGAGAUUGUCAUCUCCCAAGCUUCUUCAAGUUCCUGAAUUUUUUGGCUCGGAAGGCGACGAAGAGAAUCAGGAUAUGGACUGCAAAAUUUCAUCAGCUGAGUUUCUUUCAAUAUUAGAAGAGGCAAUCCAGACCUUCUUGAAUUUUCUCAAGGCAGAUAAGAAGACACCAUGUGAGAGGUUCAAAGCAUUCAUGAAGAGGAAACAAAGCACAGUAGAUCUGACAUACCUUCGCUUGCUAAAGAAAAUUAAUAAGAAAAAAGCUAGACUGGAAGAGUUAGGAAGGCGACGAAAAUACUCUAAGAAAAGGAGGCCAAAGGAGGAGGAAGAGAUGGAAACUUUUAUGGCCAUUAUAGACAUGAAAGUUGUGUCCAGGGUACUAAGAGUGCAAGAGAUAACAGAAGAACAGCUGCAUUGGUGUGAGGAUAAGAUGAGUAAAGUUAGAGUAUGGGAUGGGAAAAUCCAAAGAGAUCACUCCACUCUUUUUUUCCCUGUACACUAAUGACUUGUAUAAUUUCCUCUUUUAUUUUUUUUUUCUCUCUGUAGAUUGCUUGAUGACUAGAUAAAGUGUAAUGGCUGGUAUAUGCAGUCUAUUCUCUGUAAAUUCAAUAUAAAGAUAUCGACUUGGAGAAACUAGAGAGCAACAAUAAUACAUGCAUGCAUGUGGGGGUCGUAUUUUAAGGAUUUGGAAUCUAUGUUUUGAGGUAAAAAGAUGAUAUUUGCUUGAUUUGCUGAUGAACAAUGAAAGGGAAAGAUUGGUUGGAAAAAGCAAAAGCAUAAGGAUGAAGUGGGGAUGGAGACA